GGCUCGUAAAUUUCAAGAUUGUCCACGAGACAAGCACUGAACGAUCUCCACGGUCAACAUGGCGGCCAAGGUAGCGGACGAAGUCGCCAACUUGAAGUUGGACGACACCAGCAGUAAGCCAACCAACGGCGCAGCACAGGACGGCGACAAGCCCACAGGCGACGCGGACCAUGAAGACUCGGACGACGACAAUGAGGCCGAGGAUGGUGCUCCCGAAGGCGGCGAGGGUGCUGCGAAAAAGAAGAAGAAGAGAAAGCCCCGAAAGAAGAAGAAGGCUGGGGCAGCAGGCGGCGCAGGAGGACCCAAGGUGCAGACAUCACCGCCACGAGUCCGCAUCGACGAGCUCUUCCCCAACAACUCGUAUCCCGAGGGCGAAAUCCAGGAAUACGUCAACGAGAAUGCGUACCGCACCACGUCCGAAGAGAAGCGCCACCUCGACCGCAUGAACAACGACUUCCUCACCGAAUACCGUAAAGGCUCAGAGAUUCACCGUCAAGUCCGGCAAUGGGCUCAGAACUGGAUCAAGCCUGGCAUGUCGCUUACCGAGAUUGCCGAGGGCAUCGAGGACUCGGUUCGCGCCUUGACAGGACAUCAGGGCCUGGAGGACGGUGAUGCGCAAAUAGCGGGUAUGGGCUUCCCAACUGGUCUGAGCAUAAACCAUUGUGCCGCACAUUACACGCCCAACGCGGGCAACAAGAUGGUCAUCAACUACGAGGACGUGAUGAAGGUCGAUUUUGGUGUACACAUCAACGGUCGCAUUGUCGACAGCGCCUUCACUCUGACCUUUGACCCUGUAUACGACAACUUGAUCAACGCCUGCAAGGCCGCUACCAAUGCUGGUAUCAAGGAGGCCGGUAUCGAUGUUCGCAUGAGCGAUAUCGGCGCUGCCAUCCAAGAAGUCAUGGAGAGUUACGAGGUGGAGAUCAAGGGACAGAUGCUGCCCGUCAAGUGCAUAAGGAACCUUAACGGUCAUUCCAUUGGCCACUACACCAUUCAUGGCGGCAAGACCGUGCCCAUCGUCAAGGGCGGUGACCAAACAAAGAUGGAAGAAGGCGAGACAUUUGCUAUCGAAACGUUCGGUAGCACAGGAAAGGGUUAUGUUCGAGACGACAUGGAGACAUCACAUUACGCCAAGAGGGCGGAUGCACCGAAAGUCGCUCUUCGUGUUUCUUCGGCGAAGACACUACUUAACUCAAUUACAAAGAAUUUCGGUACUCUGCCUUUCUGCAGGCGGUACCUCGAUCGAUUGGGCCAUGACAAGUACCUCUUGGGCUUGAACAACCUGGUCAGUGCGGGUAUCGUCGAGGCUUACCCCCCGCUGUGCGACAUCAAGGGUAGUUACACGGCACAGAGCGAACAUACAUUCGUACUCCGACCCAACUGCAAGGAGAUUCUCAGUCGCGGUGACGACUACUAAGCCCCACUUUUAUGCUGCACAUGAAUUAUUGUCAUACUUGUAGUGAAUUAUAACAAGUAGAGAUGAGGCUUCAGGGUUUCCAUUCAUGAGGUAAUGGCUUCACGUUUGGAGUCAGGCAUAGCAUACAUUAGAAACAACAAACAGUAAACAAACAGCAUAGCUCAUUGAUCAAGGGUCAUUUGCUCGGCUUUGCAAUUUGCGUGUUGUUGAAGACUGGCGUGUCAGGACCAGUA